CAUCGGAACUUGAAACUGAUCAUAACAUUGUCUAGCAGUUCAGAUAUGUUGUUGUUAUAACCUUAUCGCACAUAAAUACUCCAAAGAAUUUUCCAAAUAAACAGUCAGACGUAAUUCGAUUGCGAGCCGAGCAAUAUGGGUUCAACACUUCUUCAAGUGUUCUCAGUUAUUCUACUAUCAUCACUAACUUUCGGUCAAGAUACUCGUGGUUUCCAAGAAUUUAUUGAUACUUCGGUCAAUCCGUGUGAGGAUUUCUAUGAAUACGCUUGUGGAAAAUGGACACCACUUAACUCUGAGGCUACCGAUGUUAUCAACGACCAGCGACAGGAGAAUCGUAACAUAAUUCGAGACUACUACCGAUCAUUGCGACAAAAAGGUACUCAUGAAACCCAUCCACCAAGUAAGUUCUAUUAUUCCUGUGUAAACAGCAAAUUGCAGUCUGAUGAGGAAAUUCUUUCCAAUCACAUGAGCACUCUCUUUGACUACUCCGAUUGGCCGUACAUUAAUGAAACAUUCAAUGGAUCUUCAUUUGAUUGGCUUGAAAUUGCAGCAAAACUAAGACAUCACCAAGUCGAUACCUUUUUUAAACUUUCUGUAAAUCGAAACUGGAAGGCAUCGGAAAAUAACCAUCAUGUUUUGUACUUGACUCCACUGAAAAAACCAUUCCAGGGUUCACCUGAUGGAGAUGACGCUUUCAUGUAUCAGACUUAUGUCAAGUACCUGCUUCUAGCCUUUGGAGUUCGUGUUCGAAAAGCUAAAGAAUACGGUCAAGAUGUUGUCGACUUCGAAUUCGAACUAGACAACUUGAAUCAAAAUAUUGAAGAUGUCCUCAUCGAUCCAAUUACAAUUGAUAAAUUCGGUGAACAAUUUCCAAGCCUCAAUUGGAAACUCUAUUUCGAAACUCUUCUGCCGCCAGGUGCCAAGCAGCGAACUCCUCAAAUAGUUGUUCCAAUUGAAUUUGUAAAGAAACUCGAAAAACUUCUUCGAAAAACAAAACCAGAAACAAUAGCUCUAUAUCAAUUGACGAAAUUCCUUCGUCAUUAUAAAUUCAAAAUGGAUCCACCAACCUGGACAGAUUGCAUUGAUGAAGUCAACGAAAAGAUGCCCCUUUCAGUUGCCAGUGACUUUGAAGAUCUUACAUCUUCGAACGAUCGAAGAGCAAGUGAAGUUUUCGAUGAACUUCGAGAUGAAUUCAUCAAACAAAUCGAAAACACCAGCUGGUAUUCAGCUAAAUCGAAGGCUGGAAUAAUUGACAAAUUAGAGCUCUUGCAUAUAGACAUUGGCAUAUCGGACGUUGCUAUUCAACUUGAACCUGAAACUGAAAUUGAUCAGCCAAAUUAUCAACAAGCUCGAAUGGCUUUUGAUAAAUUGUCUGCUUUGAAUGAAUUUAUUCAAUUGCAAACUUAUAAUAAAAUUGCAAGUCCAAAUCUAAAGCCACUCAAAGUGAAUGCUUAUUACAAGUUGACAACGAAUUCCUUGGAGAUACCAAGAGGAUUACUAGUACCACCAUUGUAUAGGCAAAACGCAACAGAUGCUCAAAUUAUGGGUUCGAUUGGAUCGAUAUUUGGUCAUGAACUUGUUCAUGGAUUAGAUUAUGAUGGUCAGAAUUAUGAUCAAAAUGGAAAUGUGAUUAUGGAUGUUAAUCCAAAGGAUAUUAUUCAAUUUGGAAAGAGGGCAAAUUGUUUUAUCGAUCAAUAUAGUGAGGGAAGAGUUGGAGCUUUGAAUGAAGAUGUUGCUGAUAAUGAGGGUAUGCAUUUGGCUUAUAGAGCAUAUCAAAAGAUGACAGACAAUCAGCCGAAUGGUAAUUCAAAAUUCAGUCAAAAAGAGUUGUUCUUUUUGAGUUAUGCACAGAUUUGGUGUCAAGCUAAGGAAUCAUCGAGUCGACCGAAAAGUCAUUCAUCAAACAAAGAACGAGUGAAUAAUGUUGUUGCUAAUUCGGAGUACUUUGCAGAGGCAUUUACAUGUAGCAAAGGUUCCAAGUUGAAUCCUGAUAAAAAGUGUCAAAUUUGGUAAUUGGCUUGAUUUUUUUUGUUUCAUAUUAAAUAAAUAUUAAAUAUUA